AUGGCUUUCUCUCUGCGCUGUGUGACUGCGAGGGCGGCAAGCUCGCGCUUGUCCCUCUCUCCGUCUUUCCUGCCCUCCUCUUCAGCCGUCGCUGCCUCCUCCGUUUCUUGCGUGUCGCAGCAUGCCACAUCUCGCAGAGACUUCACGAAGAUCUCUGGUCCGCGCGCGAUUUCUCCCGUCUCUCCCUCUGCUCGCUUCUUGUCCUCUGCGUCGUCUGCCGGCGUUGCGACGGGCGGAGCGUUCAACCUGGAGGGCAAGAUCCACGUGAAGAACCCAGUCGUGGAGAUGGACGGCGACGAAAUGACUCGCAUUCUCUGGGCCUGGAUCAAAGACAAGCUCCUCUUCCCUUACCUCGAAAUUCCGCUUGAGUACUACGACCUCAGCGUCACGAAUCGCGACCGGACCGAAGACACAGUCACUCUCGAGGCCGCCGAAGCCAUCAAAAAAUGCAACGUCGGCAUCAAAUGUGCCACCAUCACGCCCGACGAGGGCCGUGUCAAGGAAUUCAACUUGAAGAAGAUGUGGAAAAGCCCGAACGGGACUAUCAGAAACAUUCUGGAUGGCACAGUCUUCCGCGCUCCGAUCUUGAUCAGCAACGUGCCGCGCCUCGUGCCUGGCUGGAAGAAGCCCAUCGUCAUCGGCCGUCACGCUUACGGCGACCAGUACAAGGCUGAGUCGCUCGUCUGCGACAGCCCCGGAGACUUCACUAUCUCCUUCACGCCGUCGGCGGGCGGCGAGCGCGUCGAGAAGAAAGUCUUCUCUUUCAAGGGCCCCGGUGUCAUGCUUGGCAUGUAUAACACCGAGGACAGCAUCCGCGGAUUCGCGCUCAGCUCCUUCAAGUUCGCACUGCAGCAGAACAUGCCUCUGUAUUUAAGCACGAAGAACACGAUUCUGAAGCAGUACGACGGCAUGUUCAAGGACAUUUUCCAGUCCUACUACGAAGAGCAGUUCCGGCCUCUUUUUGAGAAGCAAGGCAUCUGGUAUGAGCACAGACUCAUCGACGACAUGGUCGCGCAGGCUCUCAAGUCCGAGGGCGGCUUCGUUUGGGCCUGCAAGAACUACGACGGCGACGUCCAGUCUGACAUCGUCGCGCAGGGCUACGGCUCGCUCGGCUUGAUGACCUCCAUUCUGGUCUGUCCCGACGGGCAGACAGUCGUCAGCGAGGCUGCCCACGGCACCGUGACGCGCCACUUCCGCCAGCACCAGAAGGGUCAUAAAACGUCCACGAAUCCAAUCGCCUCGAUCUUCGCCUGGACUCGGGGCCUUGCACACAGAGCGAAGCUCGACGGCAACGACCGCCUGGAGCAGUUCUGCAUUGCUCUGGAGAAGGCCUGCGUCCAGACCGUCGAGAGCGGCGCGAUGCCGAAGGAUCUCGCGAUCUGCGUCAAAGGCGCCGACAACGUCACGGCCAAUGACUACCUGACCACUGAGGAGUUCAUGGACGCGAUCUCCAGCACCCUCAAGAUGAACUUGAUCACGCACCAAACGCCGCAGACGCACCACGUUGUAGGGGGCAAGCUGUCGAACUCAAACUGGGAGCAUUACGCAGCCUCUGAGCACAAUUCCUCUGUCGAUGACCACGAUGACAACCAGCGCCGAUAA